UCGAGCGGCGGACGUCGCGCGCGACCGUCGUUGGUCUUCUUGCUCCGCGCACGGCUGUCGGUGAAAGCCGAGCCGCGUUGUCGCGACCGCGUCCACCCGGAAACCGCUCCUGUCGCGCGUCCGUCGACCGUACCUCACCCGCCGCCGAUACCGCUUAAAACCGAGGGGAGUCGCGCCACCGCGAGUCUCGCGAGAAGCAGCAGGACCCUGUCAGUGCGCGUCCACCGCUGGACUGACCUUCCGAAACCAUGGAGGUUCUGCCGUGUCCAGUCAACGUGCACUUCAGCAACACCAGGGCUGAAAGUGCGACGGACGAGUUGGACGGUGCUUGCCAGGCGCUGGCGAAGAGGCUGGAAGUCGAACUCAGGAGGGCCAAGCAUGUCCAGCUUGCUUGUGGCGAGGUCCUUCUCCCAGCCGAUUUGCUGCCCAAGAUAGCCAAAGAUGUACUUACUAUGGCGGAAAACGAGCCUUGCGGCCUUCGGGGCUGCACGCUGUUCAUCAGCUUCGAGACGGACAACAUGUGUCGCAAGCUCUCGAGAAUACAGUGUGAUCCCAGUGCUGUGUCAACGUUCGAGCUUUAUCUUACGCUAAAGCAGGACCACACGCCCUGGCACAUACUGCUACCUCAGUUCUUGAAAAACUUUACGCGUGGUGGUACCAUCAUGAUCAGUAAAGACUUCACCCUGGAGAAGAAGAAGCUCUAUAGGUCUUACCAGCAGUCCCAUUGAAGCAGUUCGAGAUCGCACACCGGAGUUUUGCACUUUAACACUCUCCCGUUUUGCCAAUGUGCGUAAACGGUCUGCGGCCAUUUUUUGAUAGUCUGUCACAAUCCGUGAGCACCAGACAGAUGACUAUGUUUGCAAGAGGAAGAAGAAUUGAGGACAGUGGAGACAAAUCAGCGAUACAAACCUGAGGUCAGACUUCGUCAUUGUAGAACGAUACGCAAUGAAACUCGCGAUACUAUUUUGGAUCGCAAUCACAGGACGCGUUUGCGUUUAACCCUUUAACCGGACGGUUGCACUUGGAUUUCUCGUGUCAUACAAAUGACGUUUCACUUUCGGGAGACGCGCAGGCACUUUUUCAAAGAGGAUUGUCACGUAGAAUAAUGCGAAAGAGAUCAUUGUCUGUUUAGAAUUAAUUCGACAAAUAAGCGAAGAAAUCGAGUAGCUUGUAGGUAAAAUAGUUGCAGUUUAUACAUAACUGUUGUCUAAAAAAAACGAACUUUAUAUGUCAGUUUCCAGUGUGUGUAGAUUUAAUAUUAUAGGAACUGGAGCAGCGAUGAAUUUUUGAGAAGAAACUGCGAGAAUUAAAGAAUUUUUGGAAGGGUUUGAAGAGGUGAAAACUGCAAGAGCAAGAGUCUCUUAUAAAGUCUCUAAUAAAUAUCCAAGAAUAAUGACUCGAGAACUUGAGAAUCCAAGAUUUAGCGAUCCUGAUCUAGAGUGUAUAAAUGUUGCAGCGAUAAUAAAGUGACGAAUCCAAUAAGAUUUUGACUGACGACUCGGUUAAAGGGUUAACGACAAUACGCCGCGUUUUAUUCUGUCUGCUGUCACCUUGCAAUAUAUUACAUUGAAGAGAAGAGAGGCCUAUGCGUUCGAUAAUUGUGAUAGCGCGAGACACAAGUUCUAGAUAUAGCAGAUCUUAUCGCGGGGAGAGACUCGCGUCUUCGUCCUCGAAAGAGAUAUGUGAUUAUAAGACUUGUAACAAAUUUCACGUGAUACGUAGCGAGUAUGAUUAGUUUUAGGAUACGCGUUUUACUGAUUAAAACCGUAGUCAGGUAGCUAUAGGCGCGUCAAAUGUUUAACGACGAGUUUUUUCAUGCUCGUGCGUGACUCUCACGCAAACGAGCACAUGUUUCCAGUUUUUCGUUGCGAAAUGCGAUUGAUUGAUUAUGUUGGAACAAUGUGGCAGCAUAUUUUUCCGGAUAUCUUUGAAGAAUCGUGCAGGACAACCCGGAAAGACGGAUACUUAAAAUAAAAGCAUUACUUGGUCCAGCCAAUGAUACUAACAUGCAAAAUGGUUUGAUUAUAAUCGAAUCACUUUGAAUUCGAAAGCACAAAUAAUUAAAGUAAUUUAUUUAAAUUAAUUUAAAAUUUGUUUUUUUUCGGGAGAUCAUAGGAAAUAUAUAUUUUAAUACUAUUUUUUUCACGAGAGAUGCACAUUUUUCGGGGAAAUCCUGCACAUCGAUUGGAAGAUGAUGAUAUUUAUUUCCGUUCUGUCAUUCCGUCAUUCCUUUGAUCGAUAUUCUUUGUCACUUUACUCCCUUCAUAAUAGUCAUUACGGAAAAAUCUCAUUAAAUAUAAUAUCUUCUCUCGAUGUCGCGAUAUCAAUGAAUGUUCACAAUAUUAGAGAUCGAUACGUUAACGCUAGAUAAUGAUUCGCUUCAACAGUAAUUUGUUCAAAUCGAUCUUGUCGACGGACGAAGUGUGCUUUUGUCUCUAAUUUGUAUUGCUAAUUUAAUUCUUUUACUUCAAUUGAAUUUCAUUAUUUCGUGUUUUGAAAUUUUGUUUUUAUCAGAUUUCUUGUGAAUACGAAACGUUUCGAUAAAAUUUGAUAGAUAUUUAUUCUCUGUGAGAAACUUAAAAUAUGUGUGAAACUGGUUACAGAUGUUUCAUUGUUCAUCAGUAAGAUUGAGCGAAUGUUCAAAUGAUAUAUCACGACGAAAACAAUGGUAGAGUAAAGCGGUACAAUAUCAAAUUUCAGAAUGUAGUUUGAAAUCAAGUCAAAAGGGUAGAAAAAGUAAUCUUACAGUGUAAAAAAUAUUAAGUAAUAGUUGUGCAAAAUAACAAUAUAUGUAUCCACUAGGAUAGUUUAUUAAAACAUGUUUUCGUACGAUUAAAGGAUUUAUUACGAAACUGUAUCGCUUUUACUCUAUAAUUUCCAGUAAACUUUGGCAAUAAAAUAGCGAUAAACCGUGCUCUCGUGUUCAAUUAACGUUCAAUCGUUCAACGCGUUCGAAGAGUUGAAGACGAGUCGGAUAAGAGAGAAGGUUCACGCUUUGCCAUUAAAUUAUUGUUCAAUCUUUGCUUCACUUUGUCAUAUUAUUAUUCGUUGACUACGUAUUGUUACUUACGUUGUAGUUAAUUUGUCCGUGAUUCCCUCUGUCUAUGUUUUUUUAUUUCUUUACUUUUUUGUUCUCCAUUUUUGUUCUUCCUCCCUUUUUUUUAGUUUGCUUCAUCAUAUCGAUCGGUGUAACGCGAUUAAAGACCUAGUAAUAGCGGUAUUGUGAUAUUAAGAAUUACAAAAUAAGAGAAAAGAAAAAGCAAAUGUGUGAUUAUGCUUAGGAGUUAAAGGUGGCUCGCAUAAAAUCGCGGAGUCGAGAGAAACACGCGUUGAGAUUCGAACGCCCUGCUUUACCUUAGCGUAUGCAAUUACACUGAAAUCGAGGAUUUACUUACACAGAAUGGCGAUUACAUUUUAACCGGCGAAUUGAAUACUUGUCGUAGCGGCAAGUGAAGUUUCCCUUUCCCAAUGAUAUUUAAACGGACGGACCUUUCGCGACGAGAUCCGAUAAAAUUGAACUCAUAAAAUUUGACAAUGAAGUUGUUGCUUUCAACGAAAAUCGAUAAAACAAGAAGCAGAUGCUUCUACUGCAGCCAAAAGAUCUGAAUCGUAAUAAUCUCAUUAGAUCAGUAUAACAUAUUAAGAAUCUCUAGAUCUAACAUCAGAGAAGUCUUUUGUGUGAAAAACUCCAAGUCUUUUCAAUCGAACAGUUAGCAAGAUCUUAGGUUUAAAGCGAAAUUUAUCGCAUUUAAUUGAAAAAACACUUGAGAUAUCACAAUACUCGAUCACUACAAAACGCAGGGCAAAACGAGAAAAUUGAUACGUCAAAGUUAAAAUAGUGAUGCAAAUUCAAUUGGUCUCGUUGCGAAAGAUCCGUACUUUAAUGUCAUUGUACAGGAAAACCGAGUUUUUCUUGAUAACUUUAUUGCGAAAGGGAAGUGUCCAAAGAAGUAUCGAACAUAUAAAAUAAAAAGCGACAAUUUGACGAUAGUGCUGGCAACUUUUGACAACCUGAACGUCAGGAUCGAACCGGUUGAAGGUUUAAGGAUUGAAGGGAAAAGGGAGAAUCCCGUCCGAGAAACUUUCCCACCAUCCUACAAGUUAUACAUACAGCCACACAUCCUCUUGCUUCCUUGAAUGACAAAAAAAAGAUAGGCAAUCGAAACUUCAUAUGAGGAAAAGAGACGGGGCCACGUGUAGAAUUAAACGCGCGGUGUAAAUCUGACUGUAUCGCAUUUGCACGAAAGUGUAAGACUGAUUUGCUGAUACAACAAACGAUAUAAGCAGACGAUACAAAAAUGUUUCAAACCAGCCGAUAUCUUUUGUGAUACAGAAUGACAAGAUCAUUGCCCGGAAAGGUUUGCCUAAGAUUUGCGAAGAUCGUCAAAUCUGUUUCUCACGAUGCACAAGUGUAAUGUAAAAGAAAAAGUUUGAAAUUUUGUUCUCGAACUAUUAUCGGUAUAAUAAAUGAGGAGACAGAUUACUUUCCGGGAAAUGAGAUUUGAUCAGCCCUGUACAUCAUCGUGUACUAUUUGUAAUCAGCAAUUAUUUGUUAGUAACAAAACGCUACAAACGACGUCGCAAGUCGCAAUGAUUGUAUUGCAGAGCGAUUGAAAGCAAUACCCGCGGCCUCGUUUAAACGUUAUUCAAUAGUUAAUUAGGAGUGUGUGGGUGAAUUGCGAGUGUGUGUAUAUGUUUUACAUCAAACAUUGAUCCUAAACAGUAUAAAACACCUUUUUUACGAAAUGCAGAAUCGAUGUGAGUGAUGUGAGUUCGCAUAUUAUAUUAUAUUGAAACAUAUUAUAUGCAACAAACAUGAGAUAUAAUUUGUUAUAUUACGAAUAUUGUAUAAUAUAUAUAAAAUGAUAUAUUUUAUAAAUUUAGAGUUAAUUACUGUGGGAAAUAAAAAGAGCCAGGUGUGAGAGUUAUUAAAUCUGGAGAAAUCAUAUAAACUUUUUGUGAUUAUAUAUCUUAUUUAUAUUCAAUUUUAUAAUUGUAGCGUAUAGUUUUGCGAAGUCUGGGAUUUAUUCAAGUUCCCCGAGCGUCGUUUAUACUGUCGAGGGUUGAACAUGGACACAUAACAAUUUACGCGUUUUCUGACAUAUUAUAUCAUAGACACAAUAAUGUCGAAAUGUAACGUCGAUGAUGUGCUCGUUAAUCACGUUUUUACAGUGUGUGAGAAUUUUAUUAGACAUGUUUCAAAAGUUUAUCUCAAAGUUUUUUGCAUAAAGUUGCUCCUACAAGCUGUAAUUGUGUAAGAAAAGUACAAGUUUUUCUCUGGAGGAAAGAAAUAAAAUAUAAAAAUAUUAUAAAACGGAUAUAUGUACAUUUAUAUGAGUAAGAGUAAUGUCUAACGUUCUUGGGGCGCAUCCUUGAUGAUGACGAUGAUGGUCUUGCGAGGGAACCGUAUUGUAGAAAUGAAAGAGAUCCAAACACAAUGCAUCAACAAUUUAGUUACAAGUUGAAAGCGGCCAGUGUUCCGUUGCUUUUGCUCGCACGAGAAUCAGUUUGAUAGCCGAUCCCUAUUUGUUUAUCGUUUAUCGAUUUAGCGAUUGUGCGUUGAUCGAAACGCAUCACCGGUGUCACACAAAUCGCGGGAUCACGCGUUCUCAUCGGCCAUCUGCGAGAUGAAAUUAUUUUCACGAACCGUCGAGAGGAGAGCGCUUCCUGAUCUCACGAGCGCGCGGGAAGGUUCACCCUGUGGCUGUGAAGUCUCCGGAUCGAUGCGAACGAUGGUCGAAAUUCCUGAAAAAGAAAUCAUGACGAUGAAUAUGCAUGAUCGCAUCGUACGAUGAGAGUUUGAAGGGAGAGAACGCGGCUGUUUUGUAGGGCACUUGAAGAUAUCCAUUGUGAAUCCAUCAGCAAUUUGCUCGGUGGCCGACAAAUACAGAGCUGAUAACAAUAGCGAACAAUGUAAAAGUUACUUUUUUAUAUACUGUUCAAGGGUUAAAUAUUGGGUCAAGAAGCAAGAAUUGAUAAGGCUCUUCAUAGCAACAGGGUGGAGAACGAGGAUAACAAUUUCCCGUAUCGCAAAGAUAGAGGGAAAGAGAAACAUAUUCGUAAUGUUGCACAGCAACGAUCUGCGCGGCGCUCGCUGUGCUUUGGAUAUUUUUGUACCUUAUGCGCGAUAUGAAAGUCCGAUUACGUAGUUUUCGCGAUAGUUUGCCCGCGAUUAACGCCGCGGCUUUUCGAUACGUUAGUGAUCCUUUGCGGACGUAUUCCCCGUAUUACGAAUCUACUAUGUAUGUGAUGUUAUUUCUAAUUUGUAAUAUCUGCGACAAUUUAUCUGCGUUCGAGAAACGCAAAUAAUAAAUAGAUAUAUA